UAAUGCUCAGACAACACAUUCGCGUAUCUUCACGACACAGCCUCUCAUUUUACGGCCGUGUUUUGGUCAGCCGUAAAUCGUAACGCGUGGAGUCGGAGGAAGGUUAAAUUAAAACCUACAAAACACGCAAUCAUGCCGUUUGUGGACCUUCAGUCACGGCUUGGUAUUAACCUGGACAGCUGGCUGCUGCUGCAGAGCGGACACCAGCCCAAUAAGAGGGCGGCGCGCUGCCACGCCUUUGAGAAGGAGUGGAUUGAAUGUGCCCACGACAUCGGGCAGACCCGCGCCAAGAAGGAGUGCCAGCUGGAGUUUGAGGACUUCUACGAGUGCAUGCACAGGCAGAAGACGCACCAGAGGCUGCAAGCGAUCCGUCAGCAGCGUGACAAGAUGAUGAAGGAGGGCACCUACACGCCGCCACCCUGCCACUCAGGCAAGGCCGACGAGUCCCCAUGAGGGAACACGCAACUGUCCGCAGUUCUGUUCUUGUUUAUAAAUCCGAUAUCAUUAUUCCCUGUUCGCCUGUACAAGUUUGCAAAUAAAUGCUAUCAUUGAAUA